AUGGCGACGGCAUCGGCACCGACGUCCUCGCUCCUCUCGCUCCUGUACCGCUCAUACCCCAAGGCGGUGCCCUCGCAGGCGACGGAGGUAAACCUGCACACGCUCUCGCCUCUCAUCUUCCCUACCGUGCUCUUCUCCGACGCUGAGAAGGCAGAUAUCGAGUCAUGGCUGCCCGUCAUCACCAAGCUGGCCGACAGUCUAAAGGACGGGGCGGAACAGUCAGGGUUGGACGAGCAGUUGAAGACGCUCAACGCGCAUCUUGCCAUGCGGACGACGAUGUUGGGCGUCAAGCCCUCUGUGCUGGACGUAGCCGUGUAUGCUACGCUUGCGCCCGUGGUGGAGAAGUGGAGUGCUGAGCAGCGGACGGGGGAGGACGGGUACCAUCACAUCGUGCGGCAUGUGGACUUUGUGCAGAACGCGGAGCUGUUUGGGCUGGAGAUACCGGCGGAGGAGAAGGUGGUUGUUGAUCUGGACAAUGUGAUUGCGGUGCCUAAGCCGGCUGCGGCGCCAAAGGAGGAGAAGAAGGUCAAGAAGGAGAAGAAGGGUGCCACGGGCGAGGAGACUACUGUUGUCGUUGGGAAGACCAAGGAGGCCGGAGAGACGAAGAAUAACAAGGAGGAGAAGAAGGUCAAGAAGGAGAAGCAGCCUCGACAGAAGGCUGCUCCGGCGCCGGCUGCACCCAUGUCCCCCUGCGUUAUCGACCUACGGGUCGGCCACAUCCUACGGGCGGUCAACCACCCCAACGCAGACUCGCUGUACGUGUCGACGAUAGCGUGCGGCGACGCCCCCGGUUCAGACAACACGCAGCUGGACGAAGAGACCGGGCUGACCGUGCGGACCGUCUGCUCUGGCCUCAACGGCCUCGUGCCCCUGGCCGAGAUGCAGGGCCGCAAGGUGGUGACGGUCUGCAACCUGAAGCCGGUGACGAUGCGAGGCGUCAAGUCUGCCGCCAUGGUGCUGGCAGCCUCUCCACGCGCCGGUAACGACGGCGACGACUCCCACGGCGGCCCCGUCGAGCUGGUCUGCCCGCCGGAGGGCGCAGAGGCGGGCGAGCGGGUCUUCUUCGAGGGCUGGGACGAAGCCGAGCCGGAGAAGCAGCUGAACCCGAAGAAGAAGAUGUGGGAGACCUUCCAGCCGGGCUUCACCACCACUGACGGGCUCGAGGUUGUGUUCGAGAGCGCCGCCGUGCCCCAGGUGAGCGAGACGGCCGGGUCGAAACCGCCGCUGGGCAGGCUGAUGGUCAAGUCUGGAGGCGUCUGCACCGUCAAGAGCCUUGCCGGUGCUACUGUUAGGUAG